AUGAGUUCAGAGGAAGAGCGUGGUCAGGAGGGUCAAAUGUCCUACAAAGACUGCAGAGGCCCCCUGGCAUUGAGCAAGGGCUCAGUAUUCACUCCUUACCAUGAAGUCAGUGUUGAUGAGAAUAAACCCGCCACAUUGUCCUGCUCCCAUUCGGGUUUCUCUAGUGCUCGUGUGGAGUGGAAAUUUGUUCAAGGCGACAUCACCAGCCUUGUUUGCUUUAACAACAAGGUCACAGCUUCCUAUAAAGACCGAGUUACAUUCUCAGAGAAUGGCAUUUCCUUCAGUUCUGUGACCCGGAAAGACACUGGAUCGUAUACGUGUAUGGUGUCUGAGGAUGGCGGAAACAGCUAUGGAGAAGUCACCAUCCAGCUCCUUGUGCGUGUGCCUCCAUCCAAGCCUACAGUCAACAUCCCAUCCUCUGCCACCAUUGGGAAUCGAGUGGUGCUGAGCUGCUCAGAGAAAGAUGGUUCCCCACCCUCGGAAUACUACUGGUUCAAGGAUGGAGUACUGAUGCCUACAGAACCCAAGAGAAAUCGUGCCUUCAGCAACUCUUCUUAUGUCCUGGAUCACAAGACUGGGGAGUUGACCUUCGAUCCUUUGUCGGCCGUUGAUACUGGAGCAUACUCUUGUCAGGCGCAGAAUGGAGUUGGGUCACCUGUGAGGUCUGAUGCUGUGCGCAUGGAAGCUGCGGAGCUGAAUGUAGGGGGCAUUGUGGCAGCUGUCCUUGUAACACUGAUUCUCCUUGGGGUCCUGAUUUUUGGCAUCUGGUUUGCCUACAGCCGAGGCUAUUUUGAGAGAGCAAAGAAAGGGACUUCGGGUAAGAAGGUGAUUUACAGUCAGCCUGCUGCUCGAAGUGAUGGGGAAUUCAGACAGACCUCAUCAUUCCUGGUGUGA